GUUGGAUCGUAGGACGUUGUAUGAACCGGACUAAGUUAAUCGUCUGUCACGUGGGUAACGUUAAACACAGCCAGUUAUAACUUUCGAAUUUAUACUGGUAAACAAGUUAAUAUUCUACCAUUUAAUUACGUAUAAAGGGAUUAAAAGCUUAUUUCUUCAAGUAAAUGUUCCUGUGAAAGUAACAUAAAUGUAUUUGUGAUAAUCAUGUGUUAUGUCAUUGUGACAUCCCGUACGCUAUUAUGGACACUUCUUACCAUAGCUACAACAUUAGCUAUGGUGGCGGCGGUCAUUACACCCAGCUGGCUCAUCGGAGCUCCAAGAAAGCCGGGUCUCAGGACAAGACAACAACUUCUGGUUCGCAGUGAUUUUAACAAUAACGAGUUAUUCUCUCCGACCUUAGGUAUUUAUAAUCGUUGUACCAAACUUCACGAGAUUAAUCAACUUUUUACCGAUAACUGUGCUCCUUUUGUAACAAGUUUUGGUAUGCCAUCUGACGAUUUUCCCAAUUUUUGGAAAGCGGCGCUCGUUUUCUUUGCUUGCGGCUUAGUCUUGAUGAUUUUUACCGUCUUCACUUCUCUUCUGGGAUGCUGUAUUCGAAGUAUAGUGAGGAAAAGCAUUUUUACAAUCUCAGGGACCAUUCAGGCAAUUGCUGGUUUACUGUAUAUCCUUGGUUUGGUAUUAUAUCCUGCUGGAUGGGGAAGUCGACGUGUUCAGCUUAUCUGUGGAGAAAAAGCAGAGCCAUACGUAUUUGGCGACUGUACGUUAGGUUGGGCAUUCUAUCUGGCCAUCGGAAGUACCAUCAUCACUUUUUUAUGUUCGGUACUAUCGGUUCAAGCGGAGAUAUCGACAUCCAGCGAUAAAGUGCAGGACGAAAUUCUAGAAGGGAAAAACCUCAUCUGUCUUAUAUAAUUCUCUCUGAUGUGAUGUAAAUGUUAUUAAUUAGAUAUUGUAUUCAGUAAGUGUACUUAGGCAGCUAUUCCUGCAAAUCUUUUGUAGGUUUAGUUGUACAGUGUUUCAAGAGAUAGUUGGGAAUAUUAUUUUUUUUGAAAUCUUUAUCAUUUUAAAAUUUUCUAUGAUUGUGUGUUUAUUACUAUUAUAUUUGGUAUGUAAACACACACCCACUAUAAAAAUAUUCAUUUUUGUAAGUAAAUUAAAUGCAGUACGUAACUUCAAAGAAGUAAUUUUUUUGAUAAAUAUUUAACUUUAAGUUGCAAAUUUAAUUUAACUAGCUUAAACUCAUUGUUUCAUAGGAAUCUUGGUUGCUGUAAAAAUUGAAUCUAACUUUAAAAUACAGUCAAUUAUUUAGAGAAAACAUAUUUAAAAUGUCUGCAUAUCAUCCUCUAACUCCCUAUUUGGAUUAAUUUAAGUUUGUUUAAUAAAUUAAAUUAUAUAAUUUAUGUUUAUAUUAGCCAAAAAGGCAUACUCUUAUUUCUAUAAGGAAUCUGUGCCCAAAUCUAAUCCAGUGUCUUUUAAUUUUUCAUGAGUAUUUGAGGUUAUCAUCAUCCCCAUCAUUUAUCUAUGGAUAAACAAUGGGCAUAUGACUAUAGUGGAUUGGAAUUUUGCAUCCAAUUCUAUUGGAUAAAACUUUUAUCCAGUAGAAUUGGUUUCUUGCUUUAAAAAUUAUUGCUGAGUUUUUGUUUUAUUUCAUUUAAGCUUAAAAAAAAAUGAAUUUAAAACAAGGUUGAUUACUUAAAAUCAAACAUAUUUUAUGACACUUCAAAAAUUACAUUUAUAAAUUGCUCCUAUUUAAAUUUUCUAAAGAUUUUUUUUUUGCUAGAUUUAAUUAUUCUAACAUAAUAUUCUCAAACUGUCUCAACAGAAAAUUGGUGUCAAGAACAGUUGUGAAAAAUUUCCAAAUAUAGUUUGAGCAUGUAAUGGUGAAGUAUAUUCCAAAACAAACCAAAAAAUAAAAUAUAAUUGCUCAUAAACUGAGAUAUUACCAUUUGAUGGUAACACUGUUGCAAGUUUAAAAUUUUUUUUUCCUAUUUUUAGUGUUGUUGUUAUGAUAUUUGUUGACGAUUUUCAAUUCAGAAAAUUUGUAUUUCGUAUAUACCCACUUUAGAUUGAAAGGUAAUAUAGUUUGAUAUGAAAUAUUUUCAUUGUUGUUAAAAUAUUCAGAUCAUUCUAUAUUAUAUGUAUAUAUUUACAUACAUUAUUAUAAAUGUAUUAACUUUUUUCUUAAUUUUUACACCAACUAAAAAUAAUUAGAAAUAUAUGACCAGAAAAAAAAAAUAUUCUUUUAAACAAUUUUGUGAUGUAGUAAAUGUAGUCACAAUUUCUAAAAGUGACAAUUGUGUAAUUUUUUCAUUGUUUAUAAGUGAUGUCAUUUUGUAAAAUAAAAUUUAAUUUAAAUUUACCAGGAUAUUAAUUUGAUCAGUUGUCUGUUUUUCAGAUCAUAUCAUAAUUUGAGGUAUCAGAAAUAUUUAUGAUUUAAAAAACAUUCCAUGAAUUUAGGUUGGGGAUUGCCUUAAUUCAAGAGAAUCUUUUGAUAAUUUUAUGGUUUUUGUGUAGUAACAAAAAGUGAUCAUAUAAAGCCUAAUGCAAGAAAAAAUUAUUUAGAAUCUAUCUUCUGUAUCUGAAUGUCAUUCCAUUCAGAAAAUCUCAGUAUGAUAAUUCUGGAAAAAAUGAGCUGUAAAUCAGCAUAUUGUAUAUGUACUUGAUUAAAUUUAAAAAAAUUGAACCCACAUGUAAAUUUGAAUCAAAUUUUCUAAGCUACAAAUUACUGUAAAUAUAAUUUUGAAUAGGUUAACUACUGAUAAUGAAUGUGUGACAAUAAUUAACAGAGUUAGCAGCCUAACUGCCUACUUCUAGACAAAUUACCUUUGUAUAUAAGUAAUUUCUUCUAUAAUUAGGCAAAUUUUCAUCUAAUUUUCUAUAAUAUAAUUAUAGAAAUUAUAGUAGUAUGACCAAAACCAGAUGAACAACUAAUAACUCAGAUCAUCUUGCUUAUUACACAUUUUUUGUCUGUUACUUUUUAGAAUUAUUUUCUUGAUUUUUUUUUCAUUUAGCAACCACAGCACCACCUCUCACACCAAUGCACAUGAAAAAUAAAAGAUAAAUCCAAACUUCAAAUUCUGUUAAAAGAAAUUCACAGUGAGUACUCAACUGCAUACAGUAAUUUGCUUGUUAAAAAGAAGUUUGUUGUAAAGAGGAGAAUAAGGUAUUUCAGUUUUAAUUUUUUUUUUUAAUUUACAAAGAAAUUUACUUCUAAUUGGUUGAUAAUCUUUUUCCUGAAAA